CCGUCCCCUUUUAACUUGACCAGCUGAAAUUGCGUCUUCUUACAGGGCCGUCCAAAUCACUGUUGGAUGUCCCGUUGUAAGGACAUCAGUUGGCUUCCGCGGCCACGUGUUGACAGCAGUCUCUGUAAGCAGCAUGGAGUGCGAACUCACAUCUGCGCCGAGUGCACCCACCAAAUCUGAGCCACGUAAGUUUUGCUUUGAUUCCGGUGAAAACGCUACUCUGGCUAAAUCCUUGGGUGAUAUAAUGUUUCUUGUUAACAUCCGGGUGAUGCAGAUAAACACCUGUGUUCCGUUCGACGUGUGUCUGGAAUGGUUCAGAAAUGCCGCACACCUUUGCAAGCUUAAUACUGGUGCCUGAAGGCAACCAGCGAAGCUGAUCAUUUCCGUUCCUAAGAGAGUUUGGGAAGACCACUUGACCCAGCUGUUUCGUCCCAUGGAGGAGAGCGAUAAUACUUUAUCCAACCCCAGAAGCUUUCAGUGGGGCAUUUCUCCCCGCAUCUUGUGUAUCUGUUGUACAGCUGCCAUGGUUGCCGAAACAGUGACAUAUCCCCUUGACAUGCUGAAAACUCGUAUACAAGUCUUCGGCGAGUUGAAACGAGUGUCUCAUCCUGGUGUUGUCAACUUAGGCUUCAGUAUCAUCAGGAACGAGGGUAUUUCGCAACUAUGGCGAGGACUUUCCCCUGCUCUCCUUCGUCAUCUGAGUACGUCCCACUUGCAUGGUAUGGAAUUGUACGCUUCACACAUUUAAUGCGGAUAUUCUGCGUAUAUAUUGGUGUUAUGAUUAGUGCUAAUCUUACCCGAAUCAAAGUAUGCCCAUAACCGUGAAACAUCCGGCGCCAUCGGAUGUAGCGGGACUUU